CAUCGGUCUUGAUCUGUGCGCAUCUGCGAUCGUCGCCCUCUUCCCCGCGCAUCUCCGCGAUCUGCCCUCGGUCCCUCGUCUGCCGCAAUGAGCGUCUGUUUCAAGUCCCUCUCUCGCCCGCUGGUCCCUGUCGAUGAGAUCCACGACUUUUACUCGAUCCACGGGCUUACCGUCCCCGCCGAUCGCCCGUACAGCUGGUCCAACAACAUCCAGACCCUGGACGGCUGUCUGCAUUUUCUUGAGGAUGUGAAUGACGUGAGCGACAUUGCCCUCAAGAACGUCCCUGGAAACAUCGGCGACAACGCCCUGGCCGACUGGCGACUCCUCAACUCGGGCUGGGCCUUUUCCGAUGCCGUGCUCCUCAGCGGCCAGAUUCUCAGAGACGAAAAAGAGGUUGCCUGUUCGCUCAAAUUCGAUGAUCUCGUUGAUCUGCGGCUCAACCGUCUGGGCAAGAAAACGCCGCAUCCCAUCCAACUGGUCAUCACUGGUGGCAACAUCGAUCUCGGUCACUCGCUCUUCAAGCAGGACGUCGUUCGGGUUGUGCUGUUAACCACCGAGACCGGCGCCGCAACGCUCGAGUCGCAGCGGGCCCAGGAUCCACCCGUGUGCCAUCUCACGAUCAAAUCCUUUCCGCAUGUCGGAGGCAAAAUCGAUCUGACGCAAGUCCUGCGGUAUCUACGCAUCGAAAUGGACAUCCAGUUCCUUGAUGUUAGUUGCGGCGGAAGCGUCUCUCGGCAAUUCGUCGAUCUCGGGGUGCUCGACGAAGUGCGCAUGACCAUCGCCGGCCAAGUCGCCGGUGCAUUCAGCUCCACCGGCCAGCUGCGUCCCCAGCUCUGGCCGGCUCUCUCUUCCGGCGUCAGCUUCAAUCCAAGCAAUAGCCCCUUGGUCGCUUGGCGAGAUAUUCGAGUCAUUGGCCAGCACCAUCUCUUUUUCCGCGGAGUCUACCAGUACCGACACCUGUAGUCAUUGGCAAUUGGACUUCAGGUCUUA